GGGAUGCGUGAUUGGUGGUGGUGGUGAUGGUGGUGCCGAAGCUUGCUUACUUUCUUGCUUACUUUCUUGGCCAUUGCAUGCAGAUACAUAGAUACGUAGAUAGAUAGCUAGAUAGAUAGAUAGAGAAUUGACUCCCACCCCCCUGCCUGGACUGUGAUCGACUUUCCUUGACGGAGGAGGUAUUAUGCAUUGAGUGGGAGAGAGGGAGAGAUUACGGUGCCCACUGCUCUGCCCUGCCCUGUCCUCCCGUGCCGUGUUGUGCCGCGUCGUGCACAGGAGAAGAAGCAGCUUCUGGGGAUUCGUGUGGUUGUGCGGUUGGAUGGUGGUAUAGGGGAGAUGUGGGUGCUGGUGAUGGGUUGUGACGACAGCGUGUGUGAGACUGAGGUGUGUGGUGACGAUGCUUGAGCGAGAGGAGAGAUGAAGCAGGAGGAGGAGGAGGAGGUUAAGGAGCGAUGGUGAGCAGGGGAUGGCGAAGUUUUGUAGCAAAUUGAGAUUGGCUGCUGCUUGGAGCUGCGGCGGGUGUCAGUUGUGGGCUAUUCUGCUGCUGCAGAUUUUCGUUUUGUCGUUUGUUGUAGGACCUUACCUGGCAACCACAGAUGGGUUUAAUGGCUUGUGGGGUGGCGCGAACAAUUUGCCGGGUGUGGGUGCUGUAGGGUUGUCCCCUGUUGUUGACGUCGAUGCCCUUCGAUUGCGAGGCGUGAACCUCCCUGCACCGAACGAAUUGUCCAAGCUGUUGCUGGCCUGCAACAGUUUGCCCCCUCGCAACCUCGAUUUGUUUCCCUCCCUGCGGGACGAUCGCAUCCUCAUCGUCUUAUAUGUGCAUUUUAGGCCUGAGUAUUUGAAGCUUGCGGUGUCUGCGCUGUCUGUUGUUAACGGAAUCAACGAGACCCUUUUGAUUGUCAGCCAUGAUGGAUUCUACGAGGAAAUGAACGCUGUCGUGGAGUCCAUACGCUUCUGUCAGGUUAAACAGAUUUUCGCUCCAUGGUCCCCCCACUUGUACACGGAUCAGUUUCCGGGGACCUCGCCAGGGGAUUGCAAGGACAAGGAUGAUGCGGAGACCCUGGGCUGCAGAGGGAACCCUGACCAAUAUGGCAAUCAUCGUAGUGUUCGAAUUGUGUCGCUGAAGCACCACUGGUGGUGGAUGAUGAACACCGUGUGGGACGGCUUGGAAGAAACGAGAGGUUUCAAUGGCCACGCCAUGUUUAUCGAGGAGGAUCACUAUCUGUUGCCUAAUGCAUACCGUAACAUUCAAAUACUCGCGGAGCUUAAACAGAAGAAGUGUCCAUAUUGCAUUGCUGCGAACGCUGCGCCGGUGGACGUCAGGUCGCGAGGUGAGAGAUUCAACCAACUGGUGGCGGAGAAGAUAGGGAAUGUAGGCUAUACUUUCAAUCGGACGGUAUGGAAGCGAAUACACACUCAGGCAGAGCGAUUUUGCAAAUUCGAUGACUAUAACUGGGACAUCACGAUGUGGACCAUGAUCUAUCCAACCUUCGGUGAUGCUUUGUAUACGUUGCGUGGACCUCGCACCAGCGCAGUUCAUUUCGGAAAAUGUGGACUUCACCAGGGAUAUAGCAAAUCGAAGUCAUCUCAAUGCCGAGAUUCAGCGAUGCAUCUUGGAUCAAUUGAGGAAGCCGACAAAGUGCCGAACAUUGACUUAGAGUGGUCUGUGCGCAAGUAUCCUAUCAGAGGGUACGCUUCUGGCUUCCAAGGGUGGGGGGGGUGGGCCGAUAAGAGGGACCAGAACCUUUGCCUAUCUUUUUCCUCCAUGUACAGCACUUCACCGUAAUUAGACACUAGGGAAGUAUUUGAAGCAGCAACUGGGCGUGUACUGGUGGGCACAUUCAAGCCCGCUUGCUAAGUCUUUGUUCAUGAUCCUACCAGGUUGAGAUCACUGGCAUGUCACAUAUUAAAUCCUUCCGGGGUUUUGAGGGAGUUUCAGAGAAUUGAUCAAAUUUUUGAGAGUUUAACUUGUGUGUGAAUAUUGGUGUUAUCUUUUGCUUAACAAGGUUAGCUUAGGUUAUGAGAAAUAAUGGACAGCAUGAAAGUCUCUCAACUGUGUUUAGCGCGGUUGAAAGACAAAUCAGCCUCCAGCUGGUGUACAAUUAUAAAGGUGUAAGUAGGUCAUGUGUAGACAGUUGAUUCUGCGAAAUUCAAUAUCAACUGUUUCAGAUGCUUGAUUUCUGAACGCAAUGGCAUCAUUAUGACCAUUCAUGUUGGUGGCUUGUCCGCAAUUCCCUCUCAACUGAUCGUCUGCUCAGGGCAUAUUUAAGAGA